GUGGGCGGACGCGCUGAUGUCCUCUCUGGUGCGCUCAACCAACCCCUGCUGUUGUAAUGUAAAGCUGGUAGUAUCCUGGUGUACGGCUGGAAAGGAUCCACUGAAGGAAAAAAAAAAGGGGAGCCCUCGGUUCGCGUACAUCGGUGCCUCCAAAACUUGGAGAUUUUCUGCAUCGGGAGAUUCCGCAGCCAAAUUACGCAUGGAAUGGUUUUGGGGGGAUUGGAGUAGAAAUGCAGCGCCGCACUUCCAGCCCACAACAAGAACCAUGCCCAGCUUACAUUGCAAGCCAAUCUAUGACAUCCUGUUUUAUCCUCUACGACUUUGAUAUGAGUGAAAUUUACUCGGAUACCGACGAGGAGUGAAGAAAACACACACACACACACACAGACACACGCACGGCACUCAAGCUGAAGGACGUUGUUUUUUCGCUGCAGACGCUUGUGUACCCGAAAACCUCUGCAUUUAGGAUUUUUUCUUUUUUGAUGGAGCUGGAGAACAUAGUAGCCAACACUGUACUGCUAAAAGCGAGAGAGGGUGGAGGAGGAAAGCGGAAAGGGAGGAGCAAAAAAUGGAAGGAGAUCCUUCGCUUCCCCCAUAUAAGCCAGUGCACUGAGCUGGGAAACAGCACUGAGAGGGAUUAUGUCAGCAUCUGUGAGAAACAGCCAAUCGGAAGGCUUCUCUUCCGUCUUUACUGUGAGACCAGAUUGAAACUGCAACGAUGCAUCCAGCUACUGGACGCAAUGGAAGACUACGAGGUGACGCCUGAUGAAAAAAGAAAAAGCAGAGGGGACAAAAUCAUCAAGACUUUUCUGUCCAAACAAUCACCUCAGCGUGUAGACAUAGCAGAGGUUUUUGCAGACCAGUGCAGAGAGAACCUCGAGCUCAGUCCAUGUAAGGAGAUCUUCAGCAACUGCCGCAAGGCCGUCCAUGACUACCUGAGUGAAGCUCCGUUCUCUGACUACCAGAACAGCAUGUACUUUGACAGAUUUCUGCAGUGGAAGGUGCUGGAGAGGCAACCGAUCACGAAAGACACGUUCAGGCAGUACAGAGUGCUGGGUAAAGGGGGAUUCGGAGAGGUGUGUGCGUGCCAGGUUAGAGCUACGGGGAAGAUGUACGCCUGCAAGAAGCUGGAGAAGAAGCGGAUAAAGAAGAGGAAAGGGGAGUCCAUGGCUCUCAACGAGAAGCAAAUUCUAGAGAAAGUCAACAGUAGAUUUGUCGUGAGCCUAGCGUAUGCAUACGAGACCAAAGAUGCUCUGUGUCUGGUGCUGACUAUCAUGAACGGUGGAGACCUGAAGUUUCACAUCUACAACAUGGGCACGCCGGGUUUCGAGAAAGACAGGGUCCAGUUUUACGCUGCUCAAAUCUGCUGUGGGCUGGAGCAUUUGCACAGGGAAUCCAUCGUCUACAGGGAUUUGAAACCGGAGAAUAUCCUAUUAGAUGACAAUGGACACAUCCGUAUUUCUGACCUGGGGCUGGCCAUCAAAGUGCCUGAAGGGGAAUCCAUCAGAGGCAGGGUGGGGACUGUAGGCUACAUGGCUCCUGAGGUGAUAAACAAUGAAAAGUACGGCAUGAGUCCUGAUUGGUGGGGGCUGGGCUGCCUCGUUUACGAGAUGACCGCCGGGCGAUCGCCGUUCCGCGCCCGCAAAGAACGAGUGAAACGGGAGGAGGUGGAGAGGAGGGUGCAGGAGGAAGAGGAGGAGUAUAACGACAAGUUUACAGAGGACACCAAGGCCAUCUGUAGAAUGCUGCUGACCAAAGACCCUAAGCAGAGGCUGGGGUGCCUGGCGGACGGAGCAGCGGGCGUCAAGGCCCACUCGUUCUUCAAAAACAUCAACUUCAAGAGGCUGGAGGCUGGAAUAGUGGAGCCUCCCUUUGUGCCUGAUCCUCGGGCAGUGUACUGUAAGGAUGUUUUGGACAUAGAGCAGUUCUCCACAGUCAAGGGAGUAAAUUUGGACCAAACCGACAAUGACUUCUACUCCAAAUUUGCUACAGGCAGUGUUUCCAUCCCAUGGCAGAAUGAGAUGAUUGAAACGGAGUGUUUCAGAGAUUUGAAUGUGUUCGGGCCUCAAGGGACGAGACCUCCAGAUCUGGACUGGAAUCAGCCACCAGAGCCGCCCAGACGCAGCCUGCUGGACAGGAUCUUCAGGAGGCAUCACCCUGAGGUGUCUAUCUCCCACAGCCGUGUGCAGUCUUCCAGUGUAAACUCUGUGGACUCCAUGUCCAACUCUGCCCCCUAGUGGCACAGUGGCAGUGUGGGAGCCACACACACACACACACACAAAGGGAAGGAGCUCCGAGGGGCUUCCCCGCUGCUGAUUGGUCCACAGCCAGGGCCUGAGCAGCAGCCGGAGACAGCCUGUCUAGAAGCCUAAACGGUCAGCCCAUGGGG